CAACAAAAGGAAAUGUUUCACGUUGCUUUAUCGUGGUUUGCUUUACUUUACAUUCAUUUAAACACACUUUUCUGUCUAAAAUCUUUCGCUUCAUAAAUAAAUAAAUUUAUAUUUUGUAAAUUUUUAAGUCUUAAAAUGUCAAACAGCGCGCAAAUUCCAAUUCGCAUUGUGGUUGCUGGUGGCAACUAUGCCGGGCUCAAUGCCGUUAAAUAUCUCUACGCGAGCCUCCUUGCCGCACCGCUAAACGAGCCAGUAAACACUGCCGCGCGCAAUACCCACAUAACGAUGAUCGACCGGCGCGACGGCUUUAUCCAUUACAUAGGAAUAACUCGCGGCCUGACCGAGCCCGAUUACGGCGCCCAGCUGUGGACGCCCUACUCGGACGCCUCCUGGCUCAAGCAUCCGAGUAUUACCUUUCAUCAAGCCACGGUCACUGAGAUUACAGCCAAUAGCGUGGCCACAAUCACACCCAACGGUGAGUCGAGCACCAUUCCGUUUGACUACAUCAUCAUUGCGCUGGGUGAAGGGCGCUUUGCACCCAUCGGCAUGGGCAGUCUGACCAAAAUCGACUUCAUCACGCGCCUGGAUUCGACAUAUCAGAAGAUUGCAGCGGCCGAUUCUGUUGCCGUGAUAGGCGGCGGGGCCGUUGGCAUUGAGCUGGCAGCCGACCUCAAGUGCGAUUUCCCCACAAAGCAAGUAUCGCUGGUCCAUUCGCGCUCUCUGCCACUACAAGCCAUUUUCAAAGACGAAUUUAGGCAAGGCAUUGUUGACACGCUGUGUAACAGCAUUGGAGUCAACGUGGUGCUUGGCGAGCGCGUUAUCCAGCAAACCCCAGCCUCGGACGAUAUGCUUGCAGCCCCCGAUGCCGAGCCUGAUUUCAUUGACGCGACAAGCGAUAACGUCAAAUUGACCCUGGCGAGUGGCCGCACAAUGUGCGCUGACUAUGUGAUUCGGUGCAUUGGCACGCGCUCAAAGCACCUCACGCCACUUAUCAACCUGCCUUUGGGCAGUUUCCUAGACCCCGACGGGAUCCGCGUAAAGGAAACAUAUCAAGUUGACUGUGCGGAAUACACACACAUAUACGCGUGCGGUGAUAUCACCAACAUAUCCGAGGUCAAGCUGGCCGGUGGAGCUAUGUACGGUGGAUACAUUGCGGCACGCAAUAUUUCCCGCUGCGUGCUGCGCGGCGAGGGCGCAGAAUUGGAGGAUGGAGAGCGGUUUCCGUCCAAAAUCAUGGUUCUCAUGGGCCGAAACCAUUUUGCUCUGCAGGUGGGCGAUGAGAUCUGGGAUACCGAGCGCACCAAGCAGUAUAUUACCGACGAUAUGGGGUUGAAAAGCUGUGUUGACGGUGUGGGCUUCAACGGAACCCCGGAAUACAUGGGUCUAUAAACCCAUGAGGCUUUAUAUUGGUUCAAUUAACUGUGCAGCUAUAGAAACAACACCACAACAUGAUUUUUGAGUGUAAUUUUAUAUAACAUUAAUAACGGACAUUUGUUACAAGUAGAUAGAAAAGCUGGUUUUAUUUCUCCA